AUGGAGAAAAGAACAAACCCACCUGAUAAAGGGUACUGGUCUGAUAAGGGGAGUUCUAUGAGUGUAAGAUGUGGCAGAAGUGAUUCAAAGUGGAUGGAUAAGAAUUUUGUAGAAGAUUUUGAGCCAAAUUCCUCAGAUGAGGAUUAUGUGGAUCAGAUCUUUAGGCGUAAGCCCAAAGAUAAGGGGAGUUCUAUGAGUGUAAGCAGUGGCAGAAGUGAUUCAAAGUGGAUGGAUAAGAAUUUUGUAGAAGAUUUUGAGCAAAAUUCCUCAGAUGAGGAUUAUGUGGAUCAGAUCUUUAGGCGUAAGCCCAAAGAUGCAGAAAGUGGCACUCAUUCUUUACAGGAGAGUCUAUUUUCUGUUAUUCCUUCUUUAGUUACUGAUGAAAUGAAUGGGUUGUUGCUGGCUGAAGCUUUUGUAAAGGAAGUGAAGUCUGUUUUUUUCUCGAUAUAUGAUGAGUGGUGUUUUGGAAUAGGCUUGCUGCCUUGGUGGAAUGGUGAUUAUACUGCGCAAAGAGACACAGCCAGAGGGGACUGCUAUGGUCUUUUAGUGAGGUUAUGGUGCCUUUACUUUGUUUUUUUGGGGCCUUGGUUUGUAAUGUUUUUGACAGUCAAGACCAUCCCUGGACAAGCUUUUGUUUGUGCAGCAUUAACUGAAACGAAGGUGGAAAAGAGCAAGGAAUCUUUUGUCACCAAAGAUAGAGAUGUUCAUUUGAUUUUCGGCAUGAAGAGAAAAAAGAAGGAUCAAAUUUCAAGCUCUAAUGACAACUCAUUACUUGUGGCGGGAAUGCAGUGUGGCACAGAAGAUGAACGUUAG